GUCUAAUUUAGAAUCUAGUAGACUAUAUUAGACGUCUACUUAGUCUAGAUCUAGAUUUAUAAAAAUCGUCUACUUUUAGAUAUUACAGUGAUAAAGAUGUUGUUUAGAUGCACUUUAGCAUUACUAGAUAAAAUGGUUGACAACUGUUUUACUUCAUUAUAUUGACAACUUUUGUGUGACAAAAAAUUAAAAGAUCCCAGGCAUUUGUCAUAUUGGAGGGUCACUGGUUUGUGCCCUGAAUCAUGCACUACCUGCAUUAUACGCCCUGAAAAUCCUUUUCAGCACUAUGCCAGUUUCAUAUACCAGUAGACAUGGGUUCAUGAAUACAACCUACUCUACUUCCUAUGGAUCUGCUACUUCAUCAAUCUCUAGAGUUGGCUCUGGAAUCAAAAGUAGUCUUGCAGGUGGAGGUUAUACUCCAACUAGCUACAGAUCACGAGAUCUGCCUCCAGGUCCAGGUCCUCUAGAUGCAGCUGGACGUAAACUAUCUAAUUAUAGUAGUGUAACACCACUUGAUUCACGUAGAAAUAGAACCCCUAAUGGAUAUGUACAUAAUGGCCCACUUAAAGCAGAUCCAAGUCUCAGCACCAGCCGACCUAGCCGGUAUGAACCAGUUACCAAAGAUUAUGGCUCCUCCACCCGCCCAUUGCUAAGCAAGCGUAGUGUAGUGGAUACAUUACUACCAAGCACAACUCUAGCAAGCACUGCUGUCAGGUCAAGACCUCCCAGUGGUACAAGUCGACCUCAAAAAUCAUCAAGUCUUAUCGAUUUGUCUUCUUUAACUUUAAACUCAGAUGUCAACACUUCUUCUAAUAGGAAUCGUGGCACAAGUGUUUUUAAUGACAGAGCUCCUGGCAGUUCUUCAAGGCAAGGUUUAAGUUACCAGGUUACAGAAGAUGCCAGUCAGCGCCCUGAUGGUACAUCUCGUUUGCGUUACACUCCUACUGUGUCUCGAGAGGCUAGUCCCACAGAUGUAGGACAUAGACAUUUGAGAGUAUCAUCAGGGGACCAUGGUGAGUCACCAACUAAGUCAUCUCUGAGCAACCAAAGUUCAAGCAGUUCAAUGUCAAAUUGGUCCACUAGCUACAGUAGUUCUAGCAAUCCUAGCUCUUCGCUGGUUCAUCAAGCUUCUAGUGCAAAAUAUAAGAAUGGUGGAAAAGUUGGCCUCAGAAAUCUGGGAAACACAUGUUUUAUGAACAGUGUCCUUCAGUGUCUGAGCAAUACAAGACUACUUGUUGAAUGGUGUCUGGAAGAGGAGUAUCUCAUGGAUAUAAAUACUACUACUAGCAAUAUGAAAGGGAGUCUUAUUAAAGCUUAUGCUAAUUUAAUGCAAUCAAUGUGGAAAGACAAAAAUGAAACCUCAAUUUCACCAACAGCGUUUAAAACUCAAAUACAAAAAUUUGCUCCAAGGUUUAUGGGAUACGCGCAACAAGACAGUCAAGAGUUUUUACGGUAUCUACUUGAAGGCCUUCAUGAAGAUGUGAACAAAGUCACAAAAAAACAAGCACCAAUAAUAUUAGAUGAUUUACAGCUGGACAAAAAACACGAUAGCGGCAAAGCUCAAGAAUAUUGGAAAGCAUAUUUAAACAGAGAUAACAGUAAAAUAGUGGAUAUUUUUGUGGGUCAAUUGAAAAGUGAACUCAAGUUUACAUGUAACCAUCAAUCUGUAACUUUUGAUCCUUUUUGGGAUUUAUCAGUAUCAAUACCCAAGAACCGUCAAGAAGUGAGUCUUUCUGACUGUUUAAAACUAUUUAUGAAAGAGGAAGAAUUAGAUGAUGAAGAGAGGCCAAUGUGUACUAAAUGUAAGAGCCGGCGGUCAUGUACAAAAAGUUUUUCAAUUCAACGUUUCCCUAAAAUACUUGUUUUGCACUUGAAGCGGUUUAGCCAGGAAAGAUUUGGUCGGAAACUGACAACUUUAGUGGAUUUUCCUAUUAGAAGCCUUGAUCUAACAGAUUUUGCUGCAGAAGGAGCAACAAUAGGUCGCCGUGUUCUAUAUGACCUGUAUGCUGUGUCUAAUCAUUCUGGUGGGACAAGUUCUGGACAUUACACUGCCUAUUGCCGCAAUCCUUACUCUGGUGAAUGGUAUUUAUACAAUGAUGCUAGAGUUACCAGUGUUCGAUCAAAUGAGAUUGUCACUCCUGAAGCUUAUGUUUUGUUUUAUGAACUCUGUCAUGUCUCCCACUGAUGUACCUCUACAUGGCUGUUCAACUUGAGAAAUGUCUGUAACAUCUGAUUGAGUUUUCACAAAGUAUGGACUAUAGAAUAUAGACAGUCCAUAAACUUGAUACCAAGCCUAGCACUAAAGAUCUGACCAUUAAUAUUUAUUUUUAAAUUAAUUAAAUAUUGAUAGUGGAAUCAAUAUUUUUCAUUGAUACUAAUUACUACGCACAUUUAUUUUCGUAAUAUAGGAAAAAAGAAAAUAUCUGUCAAGUAUUAAUCUAAUUUCUUUCUGUCUCAUUCUAUAGAUUUUUGUUUUUUUUCAGAUCUUAAUUUAUUUUGUUCAAUCGACAUACAUAUUUACAUUUCAACAUUUUAUAGAACUGUUUUAACAGCCUUGUUCUGAGGUUCAAUUUGUCUCUAGAGGAUAUACAGCAGUUUCACAUUUUAAUCUAUUUACAAUAAUGUGUUGUCAACUGUCUUGUAAGAUAACAGAAAUAUGGUGUUGGUGAAUUAAUAUACAUUAGUUUUACACACACAGUUUACAGUUUUUAGUAAGGAGAAAUAAAAAGACUUGCAUUUUUAAUAAUGAAUUUUAAAGCAUCUACCCAUCUCAUGAUGCUAGCUGUACUGUGCCUUUAUAUGUCUGUCUGGAAGUCUCUGAUGAGAUAGAUUUACUUAACAAAUGAUUUUAAAAAUUUUACUAUUAUUAUGUGUUUUUUUUACACUUCUUUUUUUGUAAAUAGCUUUUAUAACUUGUACAAAAUACUCCUAAUGUAUUAAAGGUCAUACUGUUUGUUGUGUAACAUACUCCAGCAUUAUUGAAACUUUUUUUUUAGUUUAAUCUCUCCAUGUUGUUUUAUGACAGACAUAGAACUGAAUCUCUGCUGGAUUUAGGAAUUACUUUGAUCUGGGUUUACCUGUAUAUUUAUUAGUAUGAUUGCCCAAAAUGCUGCUAAAUAUUUUUUUUAAACUACCAUCUCAGCGUGUUGGUUGAUUGUUGAUUUGCUGCCUGUGCAUGAAGAUACAUUGUUCAAAUUGCUAAAACAAAGUUUUCUUAUUUAAAACUAUUAUCUCAUUGUAUUAGUUGAUCAAUGCCUGCAUGAAGUGUUGUGUGAUUGUUACAUAUAUAUAUAUAUAUAUAUCUAUUAAUCCUGUAUGGAGUACCUUUGUUAAAUGAUCUACAACUGUGCAUUACAGAUUCUUGUUCUGUGAUAUGAAUAAAACCUUUUUGUGAGUGUAUUAGUUGAACACUCUUGACACAUACAUAUCAACACAAGGUUUAGUGGGUUAAACUAAACAUAGCAACACAUUGUUUUAGUGGGUUAAACUAAACAUAGCAACACAUUGUUUUAGUGGGUUAAACUAAACAUAGCAACACAUUGUUUUAGUGGGUUAAAGAAUUGGGUCUAUUACCAGUACAAUGGCAGCUGCAGUUUUAGUUGUAAAUUAUGUUAUAGGAAAUUACUGUGUAGUAUUAUUUAUCCAAUCAUUAUCAUGAUCAAAAAAAUAUGUAUACAAUUAUUGAUAGAAAAUAAAUUAUUUGGUAAUCCUUUAGAUAGUUACAAAAUAAUAAGGAGUAGUAACAUUUUGUACAUCUGUAGUCAAACAUACUUUGGAAAUCUACUUUCUUCAUCAUUCUCGCAAGUACACAUACAUAUAUAUAUAUAUUUUAUCAUUGGAUUGUUGGGGGUUUAACUCUAAUGAUUUAUUUUCUUUAGUGUGCUAGCAGCAAACUUAGUUUGCAGUGUUAUCUCUCAGAAUGCUUGAGACUUGAGUUAAUUCUAUUAGAAGAUAAUUAAAAACUGAAUUGUUCUUGAAUUUCACUUAUAUACAGCUGCACCAUCAAAAGUUUUGUUGUACAUUGUAACUUUUUACAACAUUUUUACUUUUGGCACAACAAUACAUUGAUCCAUUUCUUAAAAUAAUGAUGAAACUAUUGGAAGACCUUCCUAAUUCUUUUGUCUCACUUCUCUAUGCAAUCAUUUGGUGAUCACCCAUUAAGGCCUAGUGUAUUUAGGUACAUUUUAUUUCCUUGAGUAAUUUAAAUGAAGUGAAGAACAAGAUCUAAAUUUACAUAUUGUGUUUUUUUAAAAUCUUAAUAUUUUGUUCAACUAGAACACAUUAAGAAUUGAAUUAACUCAAAUCAUUAUUUAGAUUUCUUACAGAAUAGUUAUUCAUUGAACUGGAUCAUUAAUUUUAUUUUUAAUCAAAAUUGAGUUUUUUAUUUUUAACAAUUUACUUAGGUAUGAUGCAAAUACAUUCUGAAAGGUGUAAAAAAAAAAUAUGGCCCCUUAAAAAAAAUUCCAUUAAAAAAAAAACCUUUGUAAAAUAAUGAAUUUUGACAACAAUCCUAUGUGUAAAGUGACUUGAUGGAAUUCCUAUUGUACACUGUAUGUGAAAUUGAAAUAAAAAGCUUCAUUGACUUAUUUGUUUUCUUCCUAGCUAGAAAUGAAUGAUCACAUAAAUACAGUUCAGUCUUUUUUUUGUUCGUAAGAAGUUUUUCUAUUCAAGAUUUUUGGUGCACAGAUUUUUUAGGGUCAUUAACUUUCUUUCAGAAAUAUUGUUUAAAAAAAUAUUAAAAAAAUAAAAGUAUUUAUUUCUCACCAUUGUCUCCCUUAUAUCUAGUGAUGAGAACCUUUGAACUAUUUUUUUUUUGCUUUUGAUUGAAUAGUUGAUCAACAUUUUUUUAGAAUCUUGUUAAACUUGUGAUUUUUUUUGUUUUGUUUGAUUAGUUUAAAUCUUACUUUAAUCUUUAAUAAACAGAUAAAGUACAAAAUGGUUGAAUUACAUUUAAAAAAAUAUAUUUGAAAACCAGUUUUCAAUAAAGCUGAAAUCUAGAAUCACAAUGAUCAAUUACUUUAAUGAUGGUUUUAUAAUUUGGUAUGCUCAGAGUGAUGAUCGAAAAACAAAAGUAUAAAUACCAAAUAUUUUUCUUGAGGCAAUCGGUGUUGAAUUCAAAUCACCAGUUUCUCUAAAUUUGUAUUUAACUUCAGUGCCAUUUUUAGUCACUCCCUACUGUAUCAUUUUAAAUAGUUGUUUUUAUAUUCUAUCCUAGUCAUAACAUAACUAUACAAACAAUUGGUAUUUAGCGUGUAUGUGUACAUAAUUGUUUAUAUUAUUUUUAGAAUAAGAACAAAACUCCCUCCAUAUUUAUUCUUUGCUAAUAUUUAUUUUUUUGUUUCUUUAAAUUUCAUAUAUUUAUUGUAUGAAUAAUAUGAAUCAAAUUUUUAAUUGAUUAAAAAAUCAAAUUAUUGCUAUAUUUAUUUGGGUGAAGACUUGUGGCAUCUAUUGUAGAUAGUGGACAUUGAUACAUUUGUGAUUCUGACUUCCUAUUAUAUCUCAUAUAUAUUCAGUUUAUUUGACAGACACCAGUCUGUAAUUAGUCUAAGAAUAGAAUAUGUUUUUAAUCCAAGAAGUAAACAAAUACAUUUCCUUUC